CCCGGGCUCGCGCAUGCGCGCGGGGCCGUGGCGACUCCGCCGACGCGACCGCCUCCUCCGCGCGCGCUCGCCGCACGGUUACCCCGACUCUCCGCCCCUCCUUCCCGCGCGCCCGAGGGACCAUGGCCGAUCCUCGCGUGAGACAGAUCAAGAUCAAGACCGGCGUGGUGAAGCGAUUGGCCAAAGAAAAAAUGAUGUAUGAAAAAGAAGCAAAACAACAAGAAGAAAAGAUUGAAAAAAUGAAAGCUGAAGAUAGUGAAAAUUAUGCCCUUAAAAAGCAGGCAGAGAUCCUGCAAGAGUCCCGGAUGAUGAUCCCAGAUUGCCAGCGCAGAUUGGAAGCUGCAUAUACUGAUCUUCUGCAGAUAUUAGAGAAUGAAAAAGAAUUGGAAGAAGCUGAGGAAUAUAAAGAAGCACGUUUAGUACUGGAUUCAGUGAAGUUAGAGGUACUGAUGAGAAGCAGCAAAAAGCUUACCAUUCUGUGAAGGAUUAUUCCUGGGAAUUUCUGACACAUUCUGCUUACAUUUUUAUGGCCAAGAGGCACAUUAAAUUAAGAACA